UGAUGGAAUGGAGGAGGGUGUUAUGUUCACAGUUCCAAGAUUUAGAGGAUACGGGUAUUUGCUAAUCUGCUGAUAUAGUCCUGCUAUUUGUUUCAUUACCUGAUUCUGCGGAUUUAUCAAUAAUACAAAUUCUUAACAUGCAUGUAGGGCCUCUGUAACUGCAGAACCUUACAUCUGAAGUCUUACUUAUACCUAAGCAUGCUUAAAUCCUGAUUACUGAAAGAAGUACUAUUAUUAUUACCGACAGCAAGCUUGUGAUAUGAAGUAUAUGAGGAAAAAUAUACUUUCAUAGCACCAUUUAUGCUGCUUAACCUGGUGGAUUGCUCCAAACCCGCCAGGCCUUAUGUCUACGGAAUGGGAGGGAGUAGAAGUCAAGAAACCCCUCCUGGUGACUGGGGAUCACAGAGCCUCUUCGAUCUGGGUGGUCGUUGCAAGCACCGCCAUCGCCGUUUGUGGAUCCUUCGUGUUCGGCAUAUCGGUGGGCUACUCAUCGCCAUCUCAAGAGGGCAUCAUGCAUGAUCUUCAUCUUUCUUUAGCUGAGUAUUCCGUUUUCGGAUCAAUAUUAACCAUUGGAGCAAUGAUGGGCGCUAUUCUCAGUGGUGCCAUAGCAGACAGAGUUGGUCGAAAAUGUGCAAUGGCAAUAUCAGAUGUGUUCUGCAUUCUUGGAUAUCUCUUUAUAGUCUUUUCUAAAAAUUUUUUGUGGCUUUACCUUGGAAGGCUCUCAAUUGGAUGCGGAAUUGGCCUGUUUUCAUACGUGGUCCCAGUCUAUAUAUCAGAGGUAACUCCCAAGAAUCUUAGAGGACGUUUUGCAGCUGUAAAUCAGCUGAUGAUAUGUUGUGGGGCGUCCCUUGCCUAUGCUGUGGGGACUUUUAUCACCUGGCGUACCUUGGCAAUCAUCGGAGUGACACCAUGUUUACUCCAACUCGUUGGCCUUCUUGUGAUUCCUGAAUCUCCCAGAUGGCUGGCUAAGAUCGGACAUCCCGGUGCACUCGAGGAAGCGUUACAGAAGCUAAGGGGAAAAGAAACUGAUAUCUCUGAAGAGGCAGAAGAAAUCAAAGAUUUCACAGAAAAGAUUCAGCACCUCCCACAGUCAAAGAUAUGGGACCUGUUUCAGAAGGAUUACCUUCAUGCUGUCACCGUCGGUGUUGGGCUAAUGGUCCUUCAACAGUUUGGGGGAGUGAAUGCAAUCUGCUUCUAUGCCAGUGAGAUAUUUGUUUCAGCUGGUUUCGCAUCAGGGAACAUGGGGAUGCUCGCUAUGGUUGCGGUUCAGGUUCCGAUGACGACACUUGGAGUGCUUCUUUUGGACAAGGCUGGAAGGAGGCCACUUCUAAUGGUCUCUGCAGCUGGGACAUGCCUCGGUUGCCUACUAGUUGGCGUGUCAUUCUUAUCCAAGGAACAUCAUUGGGCUAAGGACCUGAACGUCGUACUUGCUUUGGCAGGAAUUCUGGUCUUCACUGGAUCUUUCUCGCUUGGAAUGGGUGGAAUACCAUGGGUUAUAAUGUCAGAGAUAUUUCCUAUACACAUGAAAGGAACAGCAGGGAGCCUUGUGACCUUAGUGAGCUGGCUCGGCUCGUGGAUCGUCUCAUAUGCCUUCAACUUCCUCCUGCUGUGGAGCUCAUACGGCACAUUUUUCAUGUUCGCGAGCAUCUGCGGGCUGACUGUUUUGUUUGUGGCGCGGCUGGUGCCGGAGACUAAAGGAAGGACCCUGGAAGAGAUCCAAGCGUCCAUGAACUCGUCCUUGGCGCCAGUUCCUUCUGGAAUUAACAGAAUUGCAUAGGCUACAAUACAUGGCUAGUUUGCUCUCUCCAGUUUGCAUUUCAUUUUGAAUAUUGUUAGUUUCAGGAGUGCCGGUCUGGGAUACUGUAAUAUUGGUUGUACAAGUAACACAAAUAGUGCCUUGACACAAAUAGUGCGUCCAUGAACUGUCGACAAAACUA